UUCUUUAGCACAUCAUUCGUCGUCGCGUUCCAUACAAAAGAAACCGAAACAAGUGUUCGGAAGCGAGCGAGAGAGAGAGAGAGAGAUAGCGGAGGAGGAGAACGAUGGCGUCCACCACAUGCUUCUUCCACCACAAUGCGCUCACCACUCCCGCCAGGACCCCGUCCCAGCGCUUCGCCCCGAGCUUCAAGCCCCCCCCCGCCCAGGUAGCCUGCCGGGCCCAGAAGCAGGCCGCCGGCGAGGAAGAGAGCCAGAGCGGCGCCGCCGCCGCCGUGUCGCGCCGCCUGGCCCUGACCGUGCUCAUCGGCGCCGCGGCCGUCGGGUCCAAGGUGUCCCCUGCCGAUGCCGCCUACGGUGAAGCCGCCAAUGUGUUUGGGAAGCCAAAAGGCAACACGGACUUCUCGCCGUACACCGGGAACGGGUUCAAGCUGUUGAUCCCGUCCAAGUGGAACCCGAGCAAAGAGGUGGAGUACGCCGGCCAGGUCCUCCGGUAUGAGGACAACUUCGACUCCACCAUCUAUGUCGCUGUCAUUGUCACUCCCACCGAGAAGAAAUCCAUCACCGACUACGGCUCUCCCGAAGACUUCCUCAGCGAAGUCAACUAUUUGCUGGGCAAGCAGGCUUACUCUGGCAAGACUGACUCUGAGGGCGGUUUUGAGAGAGAUGCCGUGGCAACAGCUAAUAUCUUAGAGACGUCGACCCCCGAGGUCGGCGGGAAGAAAUACUACUUCGUGUCGGUGUUGACGAGGACCGCCGACGGGGACGAGGGAGGGAAGCACCAGCUGAUUACCGCCACCGUCAAGGACGGGAAGCUGUACAUCUGCAAGGCUCAAGCGGGCGACAAGAGAUGGUUCAAGGGAGCCAGAAAGUACGUCGAGAGCGCCGCGAGCUCAUUCAGCGUGGCUUAAAGAUCGUCCGCGACGAGGGCUUUAGCUUGUAAAUCAAUCAGUCUCCAAUGUAUGAAUCCCACCUUGGAUUUGCCCCCAUCUUGUUUUUGCUUAUGGAGUUCCAGAGAUUAGUAAUCAUAUUGAGGAAGUUGAAUCAAGAAAACCUUGUUGAUAUUAAA